GGUACUUUGGCAUAUACCUUGGCCUCCUGCGUGUAAAGCCAGCACUCAGCCUGAGGAGCCCUCUCUCCUGUCCCUGUGUGAUUUGCAUUCACUACUUCCAAGCACGUAGUAAUAUUCAUAUUUUGAAGCCGAAGUAUGUGUGUUUCUUUGGUUAUCCUUCACUCAAGUAUAGUCAUCCACGUCGGUUGCUGCAAACAACGGCUGCUCUGCAGGGACAGAUUGUUCAAUUCAAACUCUCAGACAUUGGAGAAGGGAUUAGAGAAGUAACUGUUAAAGAAUGGUAUAUAAAAGAAGGAGAUACAGUGUCUCAGUUUGAUAGCAUCUGUGAAGUUCAAAGUGAUAAAGCUUCUGUUACUAUCACUAGUCGUUAUGACGGAGUCAUUAGAAAACUCUAUUAUAAUGUAGACGAUAUUGCCUAUGUGGGGAAGCCAUUAGUAGACAUAGAAACGGAAGCUUUAAAAGACUCAGAAGAAGAUGUCGUGGAAACUCCUGCGGUGUCCCACGACGAGCACACGCACCAAGAGAUAAAGGGCCAGAAAACGCUGGCGACGCCUGCAGUCCGCCGGCUGGCAAUGGAAAACAAUAUUAAGCUGAGUGAAGUUGUUGGCACAGGAAAAGAUGGCAGAAUUCUUAAGGAAGAUAUCCUCAACUAUUUGGAAAAGCAGACGGGAGCUAUAUUACCUCCUUCACCAAAAGGGGAAAUUGUGCCACCUCCAGCAAAACCAAAAGAGAAGACUAUUCCUGUUCCAGUAUCAAAACCGCCGGUAUUCAUAGGCAAAGACAGGACAGAACCAGUGAAAGGCUUUCACAAAGCCAUGGUCAAGACUAUGACUGCAGCCUUGAAGAUCCCUCACUUUGGAUAUUGUGACGAGGUUGAUGUUACUGAGCUGGUUAAACUCCGAGAAGAACUGAAACCCAUUGCUUUGUCGCGGGGAAUUAAGCUCUCCUUUAUGCCCUUCUUCUUAAAGGCUGCUUCCUUGGGAUUACUCCAGUUUCCUAUUCUGAAUGCUUCUGUGGAUGAAAACUGCCAGAACAUAACAUACAAGGCUUCUCAUAACAUUGGGAUAGCAAUGGAUACGGAGCAGGGAUUGAUCGUGCCCAAUGUGAAAAAUGUUCAGGCCUGCUCUGUAUUUGAGAUCGCCUCGGAGUUGAACCGUCUCCAGCAGCUGGGCUCCAGCGGGCAGCUGGGCACCACUGAACUCACGGGUGGCACAUUUACUCUUUCCAACAUUGGAUCUAUUGGUGGCACCUAUGCCAAACCAGUGAUAUUGCCACCUGAAGUAGCAAUUGGGGCUAUUGGAUCAAUUCAGACCCUUCCCAGAUUUAACCAGAAAGGAGAAGUAUUUAAGGCACAGGUGCUGAAUGUGAGCUGGUCAGCUGAUCACAGAAUCAUUGACGGUGCUACCAUGUCACGCUUCUCGAAUCUGUGGAAAUCCUACUUGGAAAACCCAGCUUUAAUGCUGUUAGAUAUGAAAUGAAGAUUAAUAAGACAUCUGUGAACUUUUUUUUUUUGAGCUUCCAAAGAAUAUGUAGAGCCUAGCAGUGCAAGCAGAUGUUCUUCAUUACGAUUUGUAUUAUAAGUGAUUUGUAUUGUAUGAUUAAGGUUCUAUGGCACAAUAUUUAUCAUUGUUCUGUUAGACUUUUUACUGCGAUUGAAUCAUGGUGAAAGUGUUCCUCUGGGGCAGUUACAUUUUACAGGUCCGAGUAUAACUUUCCCUUUUUUGCAGGGGGUUGGGGAUGGGGUCUGCCAGGGAUGGAGACCCAGGUCCCCUAGUAAGCGCUUUUCUAUUGCACUCCAGUCCCAUAGUGUAGCUUCUGACUGUGUGGUGCUGGUGUUGGUGGUCUGACACUGGCAAAAUGCAACAAAAAUAAUGUUACUAAAAGACAGGUAGCCAUAUCCUAUACAUGCAGUAUUUACCCUAUUUUUUCCCUCUGUUUUACUUAAUAAUAUGAAUGGAACUUGAGUUACAUUUUGUUGGGACAAGGAAUUCAAUAGGCAAAAGGAUUUUCUGUUUCCCUACAAUCACGCCAACUGUAAGAAAAAUAACAAGUGCAAUUAUACUUACUUUUAAGAUAUCUUGGAAGUAUAUGGCUGUGUGAAGAUUAUCAUUGGUAAAUGGCUUUUGGAUAUUAAUACAUUUUAAAGGAGAAAUUGAUAGAACACAAUUACAGUUGUGUAGCUAGUAGAGCAGUGGAAGGUGUUUGUUGCAAAUGGAGGUACUUUGGGCAGAGAGGCCACCUCAAGGGCCGAGGGGCAUGUUUUGCAUGCGGGAAGGCUCAGUUUGAAACCUGGCACCUCCAGGAGGGACUCCCAGAGUAUCAAGCCGGGAGCAGCCUUCGAGCACUGCUGGGUGGGGCUCUGAAACAAAGAAGUACAAUGAGGUCCAGAGCUAUGAUACGGUGGCUAGAAGCUGACAUUGCACACAGCUGACCCAGGCCCCAAAUCCCUGGAUCCCGAGCACUACCAGGAAUAAUUCCUGAGAGCAGAGCCAGGAGUGACCCCUGAGGAUUGCCAGUUACAACCCAGAAACAAUAAGUAAAAUAAAUACGCCUUUAGAAUCUUGCUAAUGUUUUCUUGGGAAGAAUGCCUUUGCAGACUGGUUUUGUGUAAAGACGGUGCUUUAAAUAUAGUAGCUGUUGAUAUUAUCGUGACUCAGAAAUUCACUGCCUUCAAUUUUUUUUAUUUUUUAACUUUCUUGGUGUUCAGCAAAAAAUAGGAUAGGAUCAAAUUAAGAUCCAGGCCUGGGGAGAUAACUCAGAGGGCUGGAACACGUGGUUUGCAUGCAGGGGUUUGGGUUCCCUCCUGAGCACAGCCAGGAUUGACCCCUGAGCACUGCAUCCAGAGUGGACCCUGAACACCAAGAACGUAACCAAAAAAAAAAAAAACAAACAAACAAAAAUAAGAUCUAUUACUACAUUCUCUGUACCCUGAGAAGGCUAAGAAUAAAGAGAGAAGAGUCUAAUGGGCAAUUGUGAAUGUUAAAAUAACAAAUUACAUUUCUUCAUCAUUUCCCUACAAGAUGAUCGUCGAGAUCAUUUUAUUGGAGACACAGACACUUACAAAUGGUACCUGAAUAAAUAUGUUUCAACAUUUUCAUCCAGGUUGUGUCUAAAUACGGUCUAAUUGGAAUUAUGUGCAAAUGAAAAUUUGUGACAGGAAAAAGUAGUUUUCAUCUCUACUUGGUUGUUCCAGUAUGGAAAUUAUUUUUAAGUUAGAAAGGAGGUCAAAUGAAUGUUAUUAUUUUUAAAACUCAAAUAAUAUAGUUACAAAGAAAAUAAAGGUAUUCUAUUAAUUAAUUCUAUUAACAUUUUGAUCAAUGCAUCUGUAUACAUAGCUAUUCUUUUUAUAAAAAGAUCAAACUAUACUAUUUUAUAAUUUGUUUUUUUAAUUUAACACUUAUGGGGCAAUUUUACAGGUCAAUAAAUUCACAUUAUACUUUUAAA